AUUAUACUAAGCCAUGUCUUCUGAUUUACUUUCGCAGAAGCUGAAGUGUUGUAACAGUAAUAACGGAAAUAGUGUCUGUGUGAAUCAUAGGUCUUACUUAGACAUGUGAAGAGCAGGAGAUAUAGACAUCACACACAUCGAUCGAUGAAAGAACCGAAAUGUUGAGACCACUUCUUGAUUUCACACUAGCUGUGGUUUUAAAUGAUUACCUGUUUACUGGAGGUCAAGACAUCAAACUGGUCAAUGGUUUAGACGGCUGCUUUGGGACAGUUGAGGUCUUGAAUAAUGGCACGUGGGGAACAGUGUGUGAUGACUCCUGGGACAUUAUUGAUGCUGCUGUGGUGUGCAGACAGCUGGGAUGUGGAAGAGCUAUUAGUGCACACGGUCAGGCUCUUUUUGGGGAAGGAAGGGGCCAAUUCUGGAUGAAAUUUGUCAAUUGUUUGGGCAACGAGUUAUUAAUCUCAAAUUGCUCUCAUGAGAAUGGACGUGAUUGUGAUCACAGUAAAGAUGCUGGAGUCGUGUGUUCAGCUUCUUCAGUUGUUAUCAUUGGUGCUGUGGUAACAGCUGUACUGCUCAUUUUGUCUGCACUGCUGAUUAUCUUCCUGGUAAAGAGGAGAAAAAAACAAAAGAAAAUCCAAAUAUGCUCCUGUUCAAAAGAUGCAGUUAAUAUGCAAGAUGUGCUCCAUAGAGACCAAAAUGAAGAGAAUGCUGAUGAUGACUAUGAGAUUGUAGAUAUGGAUGAUGGAGAUCAUGAAGAUGUCAACUCUGACUCUGAACAAGACUAUGUAAAUGUAGAUCAGGAUGACUCUGAACAGGACUAUGUCAAUGUAGAAACAGACGAUUCAGAACAGGACUAUGUCAAUAUUACAGAACAGAGAAGUAUGCUGGACAAUAACUAUGAAGACUUAUAAAAGUUACAUGU